AUAUAUUUUUCGAGAAUAUAAUCCCAGAUGAAUCUCGAUACAACAUGAGCGAGUUGACGAGUGUAGUUGAAUGUAAACGCGAUUAAAAAAGAAAGGGCACGUCGGGGCUGGUCGGAGUUGAUCGGAGUUGAUCGACUGUCAUCGUCUGACACCCGACUACGUCAACGACAACGACAACGACAACGACAACGGCGACAAGCGCCAAGAGAAGAGAAGUAUCGGUGAUCGGUGAAGCUUCGGUUUCGGUGGUACCGAGUACCGAGCUGCUCCGACUCCGACUCCGAAAGUCCGAACUCCGAGCCGAGCCACUUCGAGUAGUCGGGGCAGUCCGAGCAGUUCGAGUUGUCGAAUAGGAAUGUGACGCGAGCAAAGUGGAUUGCGGCCCUCGUCUCUGUCUCGCGCUUUGUCUCACCUUGCACAAUGAAAGUACGCAACGUGAAGUGAGUGGGGACACGGUGUUGGCAAAAAAAGAAGAGGCGAAAGAAAGAACGAGGCAAGGAGGUGGGAGAAAAAUGGUCCGUCUGUUUCGCCACGAGCCGUCAUGGCUGAAUCAUUGUGAGCAUUCAUGAGCGAUUCUCGUUACGUUACCGAUAACAAAUGACGCCGCGAGUGAUUCAUUAGGGUGAUGAGAAAUCGAGAUUUCCGUUUCGAUCUCGCGCUUCGACGACGACGUGCCUCUCCGCCGGAUCUAGCGAUUCCGAUUUGAUUCAAUUUGAUUGAGUCCAGGACGCUGGAGAGCGGAUCGCUGGGGAGCUCCAUGCCGAAGCUUCGCCAGAGGGAGAUAACAGGGGGUGACAAAAGAGAAGAGAGACGGCGCGGCCGCCGCGUUUAGUGUGUGGUUCAUCCGGUGCGCUUUGCACUACACGAUGAACGGGUUAAGUCUGAGUGAACUGUGUUGCCUGUUCUGUUGUCCGCCCUGCCCGUCCAGAAUCGCAGACAAAUUAGCCUUCCUGCCGCCCGAGCCCACGUACACGUUUGUCGAGGACGAGGGCUCCAAGUUCUCCAUUUCUCUGUCGGAACGCGCAGAGUGGCAGUAUACCGAACGCGAGAAGGAGUCGGUGGAAGGUUUCUAUGCGAGGACGUCGCGCGGCAACCGCAUAGCAUGCCUAUUCGUACGUUGCUCGGCGACCGCGCGUUUCACCAUUCUCUUUUCGCACGGGAAUGCUGUCGAUCUCGGCCAGAUGUCGAGUUUCUACCUUGGGCUCGGCUCGCGCAUAAACUGCAAUAUAUUCAGCUACGAUUACUCGGGCUACGGGGUAUCGGGUGGCAAGCCGUCCGAGAAAAACCUCUACGCGGAUAUCGACGCCGCGUGGCAUGCCCUACGUACACGUUACGGCAUCAGUCCGGAGAACAUAAUACUCUACGGACAAAGUAUCGGCACUGUUCCCACAGUCGAUCUUGCUGCGAGAUACGAGGUCGGCGCGGUAGUGCUGCACUCACCGCUCAUGUCCGGGAUGCGGGUUGCUUUCCCGAAAACCAAAAGAACUUGGUUCUUUGAUGCUUUCACCAGCAUAGAUAAAGUGCCGAAAGUAACGUCUCCUGUACUGGUCAUUCACGGUACCGAAGACGAAGUUAUAAACUUUAGCCAUGGUCUGGCUAUUUACGAAAGAUGUCCACGAGCAGUGGAACCAUUAUGGGUUGAGGGUGCUGGGCACAAUGAUGUAGAGUUAUACAAUCAAUACCUCGAACGACUGAAACAAUUUGUAAGCGUGGAAUUGAUAAACUGACGGCGACUCAGCCUCUCCCAGAGUCAGGGAGGACAGGGAGGGGGCCAUAUGCAUGCGAACAGUCAAGGACGUACCGUUUCCAACAAUUCUAAUACCAUCAGUUCCAUUUCGACAAGCUCACCAACGGAGAAGCUUGUCUAGCAGUCGCCUCCCACAGGGGAGAAGACACCUGUCCUUCCCUGUGAUGAAGAAUCAUCUUUCGCCUCUGUAGAUGAUGUAUUCUUCUUUUG